AAUGUUUCCAAUGCUGGAAGAAUUACAGGUGACAUUGGAAACAAUUCAAUGUCGUUGGUGGCCUCAUAAAAUAGACCAAUGGGCUUUAUCACUGUCAAAGUUAUCAAAAUUGAAAGUUUUUAGAUGGAAUUGUAUUCCAUAUCUUUCACCUGACACAUACCAACUCAAAAUAGCCAUGAGAUCUCAAGCUGUUGUCCUCGCCAAUGCGCUUCAAUCACUAGAAAUCAUAGGAUUUGUAGAUCGUGAAGAAUUUUUAAAUAUUCAAAGGAACAAUGGUCAAUUAGUUUCAAUAAGAUGGACCUCAACAUCUCAAUCACCUGAAAACUUUCCGGUUUCAGAUCGUGAUUUAGGAUUAAUCAAAGACGGUAAUCAUCCUCGUUCUUCAUCAGAUAGACCUUCUGAUCCAUUCUUAGCUCCUCCUGGAUUUUUACCUCAAAAUCUAAAUUUCACUGCUCGUUGUCUUUCUCCUUCUGGUUCAGUGACUAAAGAGAAUAUCUUUGAAUCGAGUUCUGAAUUUUGAAAGACAGAAUAUAUACGUUUUUAAAAUCAUAUCACUCCUUUCACAUAAAAUAAAUACAUGGUUUUUAUUUUGAUUCUUUG